CUUAGUUCUACCACAGAUCUUUGCUUAUCCCUAGGUCUGUUCUUUUGCUCUGCACUGCUGUACUGGUGCAAUAAGUUAGAGUGAGACAAAUAUAUAUUUGUUAACUUAUUGCACCAGUGCAGCAGUGCAGAGCAAAAGAACAGAUCACCUGAAUGUCCUGUUUGUAUUUGACACAUACACAGUUUAGCAUUAAUUCGAUUAAACAGCGACAUUCCGAGCAACAACAGUGUUCAAUCUGUUCACGUAACAUUUCGACAUGGGCAAUUGUUGCACAUUUUGUUAUAAAGAAGAGUCGUCAUACGAAGAUCUUACUCCUGAUCGAGAGACUAUGCGGCAGAAACAAGUAGAAGCAGCAGAAAGAAGAAUAGCAGAACAGCAACAACGAGGUAUAAAAAAUAUGGAUGCUGUUAAAAGACAACAGAAGUUAACAUUGGAACGUGAGAGGCAGGAACAAGAAGCUGCUUGGCAAGUGAACUAAAUUGAAGAGAGGUGUUCUUAAUGCUCUGCAUGUGUUUAAUUGCAAGUGAUAUUACAUUUAUGGGAAAUGUAUAUGAUAUAUUGUUAACAGAGGAUUAAUUUAUCUAUUUAAAAUAUUUAAAACUAUAUAAAUUAUAUAUUUAAAUAUUUAUAUAUUUGCAAUUUUGCACACAUGUAUUUCUAAAUAUAAAUUACAAUUGAAUAUAACAGCGAAACAAAGAAUUGUUUUAAUGCAUUAUUAGUUUUUUUUUUUUAACAAAAAUGCACUUUCGUGAUUGCCAGGUCUCAAAUUUUAUUUAUGCCUAUGCUUAAAAAAUGUGUAUGCACACUGAGAAACAAGACUAAAAGUGUGUCAUUUAUAUGAUAUAAUCACUUAUACAAGAAGAUUUAUAUGUAUUGAAAUACAUUUGAUAUUUGUAAUAUUCGAUAAUUGUGAUAUGAAAGAAGUAAUUCCUCCCAAUUAAACUCUGAAAUAUUUAUAUCUAUAAUAUUGUAUUUGAAAUAAUACAAAAUAUACACUUACUGUUAUAACACUACUACUAUUAUAUUAUAUUAUGUUACAUAUAUUGUAUUGUAAACAGCAAUGCACGCUGCAUGAUAAAUGUACAAAUGUAAUAUAUCAGCAAUUACAAAGAGAAUGAAAUGAUGUUUCAAUACAUUUUUAUUGAUUCUAAUGUAUAUCUUUUGUAUUAAAUUUUGCAAAUAUUAGAAAAAUCUUAAUAUACAUAAAUUAGAACUCUUAAUAUAUAUAUAUUAUGUGUGUGUAUGUGUAUGUGUGUGUGUGUGUGUGUAAUUUAUCUUAAACAAUUUCUCGUCACAAAAAUGAUGUACUGAAGAAUGAAACUUCUUAUUAGUAUAUUAUUGUACAAAACAUUGGAGAACAUCAUGUGGAAUGCUAUUAAAAUGCUGGAAAUGGUACGAUAUUAAGUAUUGUCAUUAAAAGUUCGUAAAAA